CUGAAGGCAAGAUAAUGGGGCUUUGGGCUCCCUUCUGGGCGAGUUGAAAGUCAGCCGCUGCAGUAGCUCCUGCCUCGGGGAGUUUGCCGCGAGCGCGUCUCUUGCUUUCGCAGUCUGGGCGCGUUCGGAGGAGAAGCAGGCGAGGAAGGCGCUCUUGGGACCUCACGGGCGUACGGCUUCUGGCUCUGCUCGGUGUCCCUGCGAUUUGGAGAAGGCGUAACACGGCGGCUGGAAGCGGGAGAACUGCAGAGUAGCCAUGGGUGCUGGAAGCUCCACCGAGCAGCGGAGCCCGGAGCAGCCGGAGGCGGGGAGCCGGACGCCGGCCGAGCCCGAGCCCAGCGGCGGCAGCCUCGCGGCGGAGGCGGCGCCGGGAGCUCCGGGAGACCCGACCCUCGCGGCCGCGGACCCCGCCACCAAGCUCCUACAGAAGAAUGGUCAGCUGUCCACCGUCAACGGCUUAGCUGAGCCAGGAGAGCUCAGCCUGCAGGAGGGAGCCCUGAAUGGCCAGGAGGAGGAAAUCAUUGUUGCAGAGGUUGGACAAAGAGACUCUGAGGAUGUGAACGAAAGAGACUCAGAUAAAGAGAUGGCUGCCAACUCAGCAGUUGUUCAAGACAUCACAAAGGAGGGGCAGGAGGAAAUGCCUGAAAUAAUUGAGCAGAUUCCUUCUUCAGAAAGCAAUUUAGAAGAGCUAGCACAGCCUGCUGAAUCCCAGAGUAAUGAUGUUGGAUUUAAGAAGGUGUUUAAGUUUGUUGGCUUUAAAUUUACUGUGAAAAAGGAUAAGAGCGAGAAGUCUGAUACUGUCCAACUACUCACCGUGAGAAAAGAGGAAGGCGAAGGAGCAGAUGGGGCUGGUGACCACCAAGAGCCCAGCCGGGAGACUGGAGAAGCAACACCCAAAGAAAGUGAACUGAAACAAUCUACAGAGAAACCAGACGAGGCUCCGAAGCAUGAGCAGAGCAACACAGAAAUUUCUCUUCAGGCUGAGUCUGGUCAAGCAGCAGAGGAGGGCAAAGAUGGAGAAGAAAAGCAAGAAAAAGAACCAGCCAAACCUGCAGAUUCUCCAACUAGUCCAGUGGCCAGCGAAACGGCAUCAACCUUUAAAAAAUUCUUCACUCAAGGUUGGGCUGGCUGGCGGAAAAAGACCAGCUUCAGGAAGCCAAAGGAGGGUGAGCUGGAAACUUCAGAGAAGAAAAAGGAACAAGAGCCAGAAAGAGCAGACACAGAAGAAAAUGAAAAGACAGAAGACACCUCUGAGAAACUGGCUGCUUCUGAACCAUCACACCCACAGGAGACCACAGAGAGAGCUAACGAUGCCAGGUUAUCGGCUGAAUAUGAAAAAGUGGAGCUGCCCGCUGAAGGGCAGGGGCCGGGAUCUCCCGAAGAGAAACCCGCCCCUUUAGCAACAGAAGUAUUUGAUGAAAAAGUAGAGAUUGUGGCAGAAGUCCAUGUUAGCACUGUGGAGAAGAAAACAGAGGAACAGAAAGCUGAGGUAGGAGAAGUAGAAGAGUCCCUGCCAUCUGAAAAACUGGUUGAAAAGAACGCUGAACCUCAGGAAGCUGAACCUUCUGAAGAGCCGGUGAAGACCAAAGCAGUGUGUGCCCCUGGAGGGGACCCCACCCAGCCACCUGAACCAAGUCCUGAUGAAAAACCGUCUACACACCCCGAAGGCAUUGUGAGUGAGGUGGAAAUGCUGGCAUCGCAGGAGAGAGUUAAGGUGCAAGGAAGCCCUUUGAAGAAACUUUUUACGAGCACUGGCUUAAAGAAGCUUUCUGGAAAGAAACAGAAAGUGAAAAGAGGAGGAGGAGAUGAAGAGUUGGGGGAACAUCAUCCAGUCACAGCAGACUCUCCAGACAGUACAGAUGAACAAAAGGGCGAGAGCUCUGCUUCAUCCCCCGAAGAACCCGAGGAGAUUACGUGUCUAGAGAAAGGGAUAGUGGAUGCGCACCAGGAUGGGGAAGUCGAGGAAGGAGCUACUUCUGAUGGAGAGAAAAAGAGAGAAGGUGUGACUCCCUGGGCAUCUUUCAAAAAGAUGGUGACACCCAAGAAACGUGUAAGGCGGCUCUCGGAAAGCGAUAAAGAAGAUGAAUUGGAUAAGGUGAAGAGUGCCACCCUCUCUUCCACAGAGAGCGCAGCGUCCGAAAUGCACGAGGAGGUAAAGGGACAUGGAGAAGAGCCAAAGCCGGAAGAACCGAAGCGCAAGGUUGACACUUCGGUAUCUUGGGAAGCUUUGAUUUGUGUGGGGUCAUCCAAGAAAAGAGCAAGAAAAGCAUCAUCUUCUGAUGAGGAAGGGGGACCAAAACCGACGGCCGGGGAAAGCCAAAAACCGGAUGAAGCAGGAAAAGACAAGGAAGCAGGACCAGACACUGUCCCUGCUGGUUCCCAUGAGCAUGACCAAGGCCAGGGAAGCUCCUCACCUGAGCAAGCAGGAAGCCCCUCUGAAGGGGAGGGCGUUUCCACCUGGGAGUCAUUUAAAAGAUUAGUCACCUCAAGAAAAAAGUCGAAGUCAAAACUGGAAGAGAAAAACGAAGACUCUGUAGCUGGGUCUGGUCUAGAACAUUCAGCUGCAGAUGUUGAAACCGGGAAAGAAGAGUCCUGGGUUUCAAUUAAGAAAUUUAUUCCUGGACGAAGGAAGAAAAGGUCAGAUGGGAAACAAGAUCAAGCUGCUAUUGAAGAUACAGGGCCCACAGAAGUUCACGAAGAUGAUGCUGACGUCCCAGCCGUGGUACCUCUGUCUGAGUACGAUGCUGUGGAAAGGGAGAAAAUGGAAGCCCAGGAUGCCCAGAAAAGUGAGGAGAAGCCUGAGGAAAAGGGAGCGGUUUAUGUGUCGGAGGAGCUCAGCAAGAGCCUGGUUCACACAGUGACUGUGGCUGUCGUGGACGGGGCAAGGGCCGUUACUGACAUUGAAGAAAGGUCGCCCUCUUGGAUCUCUGCUUCAGUGACCGAACCUCUUGAACAAUCAGAAGAUGAAGACAAGCCACCAAGUGGGGAAGUAUUUAAAAGAGAGGUCAUGGCAGAGGAAAGCCCUGUUGUUACCAAAGCUCUGCCCAAGGGCCAAGAUGCCAGUGACGACACGAUCAUCAGUGAGAUGGAAUUGACUUCUGAAGCUGUGACAGCUGCAGAAACCACGGGGGCAUUUUGUGCUGAAGAAGCAACGGAAGCAUCUGGUGCUGAAGAGACCACCGACAUGGUUUCGGCUGUUUCCCAGCUGACUGACUCUCCAGACACCACAGAGGAAGCUACUCCAGUUCAGGAGGUGGAAGGCGGCGUGCCAGACAUGGAAGACCAGGACAGGCGAACUCAAGAGGUCCUGCAGGCGGUUGCAGAAAAAGUUAGAGGAGAGUCACAGCUGCCUGGUGCCAUAGGACCGGAAGAUACGGUUCAGACAACGCGGAAAGUAGAAUCUAAAAUACCAGAGGAGGUGGAAAAAGGAGAAGAGGAUUCUCAGAUGCAGGGUCUGAUGAAAGAGGUGGACGUAGCGUUGAAAGGACAUGUUGAAGAAACAAAAACUGAGAAUUUGACACAAGGGAAUGUAAAUGCACAGGCCACCCCAGAACACUUCGAAAAAGUUCCUCAAGGCACAGAGAGUAUAGAGUCCAGUCAGCUUAAGACCACCUGUCAAGCUGAAACCUUGGUUGGGGUAAAAUCAGAGAUUAUACUGGAACAGGCUGUUGCCCCUGACUCAGCUGAAACUCUUACAGACAGUGAGACCAAUGGGAGCACCCCAGUAGCAGACUCUGAAGCUCUCCACAUCACACAGCAGGACAAGGUCAUGGCCAUCCAUGCAGAUGAUGAAGGUGCAUCUCGCACAGGAUCACAGGUCACAGAAACAGAGGCAGUUCCUGUGCUGAAAGAGAUGCCUCCAGUACCCUCUGGUUUUCAAUCACAGGAAGAAUAUAAAGAACAUUCAGAAAUGGAAGAGGUUCUAGAAUAUAUGGAUAAAGAGGUAUCCAUGGAAACUGCAACCACUUUUUCAAAGACUGAGGUGAUUCAAGAGGCCGGCCAGUUUGUUGAUGACGAAACCAAAGACAUACCAUUUGUUGAAGGACUUGGAGUGUCUGCACACACAGAAGUAACAGCCAGUCAGAAAAAGAUCAGUGAAGUUGCCUUUCAAGAUGAAGUUACUAAAGAAGCUGAAUUUCAAAAGAAUGAUAAUAUUGUUCUCCAGAGUCACACUCAGUCUCUUCCAACCCCAGUGGGGAGAGAGAUGGUAGUUCAAGAAGAAAAGGAGGAAAUGGAAGCAAAGACAGCUCAAGUGAGUGAAGGGGUUCUUGAGCCAAAACCGGCUGAAGUGCUCAAUAAACAGCUGGUCCAGACAGUUCACAUGACUGUCAUAGACAGGGAAAAGGAAGUUAUCAAUUGUGAAGAAAGUUCUCCUUCUUGGCUGGUUCAAGAGGAAGCAGUCUGCACAGAAAUUCAAGUUCAAAGCUCAGAGACAUCAUUACCUCUAACAGUUGCAACAGUGGAGGAGAAGGUCUUAGGAGAAACUGUUAAGAUUUUAGAAACACCUGGAACCCCGGAGUCUGCAGCAGCACAUUUGGAACCAGAAGAAAAGUCCUCUGAAAAAGACUUUAUUGUUCAGCCAGGGGAAGAUGCAGCGCACACAGGGACUGAGUCUCAGGGGGAAUCAAUGCCAGUGAUAGUACCUGCUACCCCUGAGAAAGGCAUCAGUGCUGACCCAGAAGGAGAUAAAACCACAUCACAGAAAGGGAGGUCAGAUGAAGACUGCGAGCAGGUUAGCUGUCAGGAAGUCAGAGUGAGUACAACACAGGAGGAAGAUUUAAAGGCUGAAAAGGAGAUUUUGCAACUUAAGACUGAGAGCCGUAAACUUGUACAAAAUGUAAUUCAGACAGCAGUUGACCACUUAGUGAGUACAGAAGAAACAACCACCGAUUGUCAGGCACUGGCUCACCUGGUAAAAGCUGACUACCAGGAAGCCGAACAGAGAAUUGAGAAAGAAGAAAGGAAACUUCAGGUUUCCGCAGAGGGUGAGACACAAACUACCACAGCCAAAGAGGAGUCCGCACUCACCGCUGCGGAACAGACAUGCUCAGAUGUUUCCAAAGACGUGAACGCAGCUUCCCAAGAGGUCACGACUGUUGAGGUUGAAGGUUCCAGUGUAAAUGACCAGCAGCUAGAAGAGGUAAUUCUUCCAAUCCAGGAAAAAAGAGGAGCAACUGGAACCGAGUCUGUGCGGGAAGAUGGCGAUCGAGCCGGGUUAGGAGAGAGAAUACAGGAGCCGCUAUCCGAAUCCCAAGAAGAUGAAAAAGGUGAUGCUGUCGAUUACCCUGAGAACCUCCCCUCAGCCCUGGAAGAUGCAGAGGCCUCCGGAGGCUUAACCAAAGAAUCUGCAGAUGCAAAUGGACCAAAACUAAAAGAGAAGGAAGUCGAAUUUCAGGAAGGGAAAGGGCAGGGCGAGUCAGAAAGAGAGACCAAAAUGCAAACACAGGAGACACAGAAACAAGAGAGGCAGCCAGCAACGCCAGAACGUACAGAAUCCUAAAACGUCAUGUAAUUACCCUCGUGUGUUUGCAAGACCAGAAUGGGAAGACAAGUGGUGGAAGCAGGUGAAUGCCACUGAUGAGACUGAAGACCAACAUUUCAGACCUUUGACAACCGAAGAACAGGCCUAUCAACCAGUCUCAUUCCUGGGGAUCCCCGACAAUCCCGAGGCCUGAUCGGGAGCUACAGCCGGUUCACGUUUCCUCCUUUCAAGACCACCCUGUCGUUUUCCCCUUGAUUCCAUGUAAUGUCUCUCAUUUAAGGUCCUGCAUUCUAAACCUGGAACUGGAGUUGGAAAUACCUAGUUCCGCUUCUCAAACUGGAGUAUCAUUCUUUAUGUAUUUAUAUGUAUGUUUUAAGUAAUCCUCCUCCUGUAUCUAUUGUAUAUUUUUUCUUAAUGUUUAAGGAAAUGUUCAGUAUAGUACAUUUCUUUUGUAUCACACAGUAUAUGAUGGGGCAUGCGGCCGUAGUGGAGCCUUGGGAAGCUUCUUUACGACCUGUGGAAAAGAGCUUCCUGGAAAUGACAUUCCUGAUCAGUUCCUAUAAAGUUCACUAAGGAUUAGGCCAUGAUUAGUAUUACUCUGAGAUUGGUCACUUUCCUACUCUGCACAGUGUGCUAAAAAUGAAAAGCUUUUUUUUUCCUUUUUUUUGAAACAUACAGAAUGUUCCAUUUUUACUGUGAAAUUUUUCUUUCUGGCCCUGUGGAAGUUGGAAGAUUUUUUUUUUUUUCAGUAGCACAUAAAGUCUUUUCUCCUAAUUGUUACGGUUGUUUGCACAGAUGAGCGUGCUUAAUCCUGACGCAAAGUAGCGAUAUGUUUUCAUACUAUAAAGAAAAGAAUUGACUUCUUUAAGUUUUUGAUUCCAUUUGUAGAUGCUGGACCCCAUUCACACACAGCAUGAAGUCAGUCCGGUUCUUUACCAGUGGUAUUUUGAUAGAUGCUGGAUUGUGUCUGUGCCAUAGUUGUGCCCACUCUUUUAAGACAAUGUUGCAUUAUGUUCAUUUCCAGAAAUUGUGAUUUGACAACUGAUUUAAAUAAAAUAUUUGCUUCACUUAGAUUUGCUGGUUUUAUUAGCUACUAGGAAGGCUGGGACAUAGGUUUACUGCAUUCUAAAAGCAGUGUAAGUUAGAACUUUCUUACGUAGCCUCUGUGUGAUGUUACCACUUUAUGCCGGUUUGAGCUGAUGUUCAGAGGAAGUCAGCAGAUAGGUAGGUGUCUGCCAGGACUAGCUCGGAGCUUUGCAGAUUGACAGUGCUGUUACAAUGCCACCAUCUGGUGGUGUCUUCCUGAAAAGGUCAGUUUUCUGCAUUACUAUUUGUUAAUUGACAAAUGUUUCUAGAAAGGAAUUUUAAGGCUUAAUAGUAAAAAUGCCAUGCCUCACAGGUGAUCUAGGGAAUUUUUUUUAAUGUUAAAAUGAUUUAUGAUUCUUGCUAAUAUAUAAAAGGGUCUGUCAAACAGUUGUCACACAAAGAAUAGUUGCCUAUCCUCCAUAAAAUUCCACUUUCUCAAAUGUAAAUCUGGCCUGGCAUAUAUGCUUCCUAAAGUUUAACUCAGUACUCCAGUUUGAGAACUUAAUUUCAACUACGCAUUAAUGAUUUUAAAGGAUAACAUUCUACAAAGACUAGAAUAGUCUUAGCAGAAAGAAAAUUUGCUGUUAAAACCAGAAGAGUAGUGUCUGUUACACCAGCAAACCUGACCACCACAGAGACUGGCUAUAGAAGAAAGACACCUCCCAACAGUGGAGAGGACCCCGUGGCUGGAAAGCACUGGCCAUCCUUCCGGGAGCUACUCUCAUGGAUAACAGCCACCUGUGCUUAGUUACUAAACCCCCAAAUUUAAAAAUUAGCUUCUGAUCUAAAUAGCUCCUUUUGCGAACUUGAGACUUUAAAGUGUUAGUGUCAAUUUUCGAAGAUCAACCAAAAAGUAUUGGAGAUGACAGCAAUUUGUAAAGAGGUCAUGAUAGCUCCAGUGUUGACUUCCUCUCUGUUGCAGGAAGAAACUGUGCUAUUUUGAACAGAUUAAAGACUUUUAUAGUUUGUGGUAAACAGAUUAUCUUUUUUUUGUUUGUUUGUUUAAAUUCCAUCCUGCCACUUCAUCCCAUCUGUCUGACC